GAAGAAGAUCUAAUUGAAAACAAUAUUGUUCGCUUAUAUGUCUUGUUCUAAGUCAAAGUUCCCGACUGUCUAUAUCUACUUAUGGAGACGUUAAGACAUUGUUUUACAACUGUUUACCCGCACACACACAUACACACUGUGUUUAAAGUGUUCAACAAAGGUAGAUCAAUAUUUAGCUCUCUUAGGUUACAACGGUACGAUAUUUGCAUAUGGUCAAACAGGCAGUGGAAAAACAUACACCAUUACAGGUGGUGCAGAGAAAUACUCAGAAAGAGGUAUUAUACCAAGAUGUAUAGCUUACCUUUUUGAUCAUUUUGAAAAGGAUACUAGCAGUGAAUUCACUUUGAAAAUUUCCUAUAUGGAGAUAUACAAUGAAAUUGGUUAUGAUUUAUUGGAUGCACGACAUCAUAUUGCCUCGAAAUUGGAAGAUUUACCACGUGUAACACUUUUUGAACAUACAGAAGCUGGAACAGUCCACCUAAAGAAUCUAUCAAUUCAUUCAGCGUCAAAUACAGAUGAAGCAUUAAAUUUAUUAUUUAUGGGUGAUACAAAUCGAAUCAUUGCUGAGACACCGAUGAAUGAAGCAUCCACUAGAUCACAUUGUAUUUUUACUAUGCAUAUAACAUCACAAACACACGGUUCAUCAGUGAUACGACGUUCAAAACUACAUCUUGUCGAUUUAGCUGGUUCGGAAAGGGUCUACAAAUGUGGUCUAGAUGGUACUUUGUUAACAGAAGCAAAGUAUAUCAAUUUGUCAUUACACUAUUUAGAACAGGUCAUCAUAGCAUUAGCUGAGAAACAGCGUACGCAUGUUCCUUACCGCAAUAGUAUGAUGACAAUGAUGUUACGAGAUAGUCUAGGAGGGAAUUGUAUGACAUCAAUGAUAGCCACUUGCAGUAUUGAACAAGAGAACUUACAAGAAACACUAUCAACGUGUCGUUUUGCACAACGUGUUGCUUUAAUCAAAAAUGAAAUCACUCUUAAUGAAGAACAAGAUCCCUAUUUAACUAUCAAUCAUUUAAAGUCUGAAAUUGAACAUUUAAAGGCUGAGUUAGCCUUAGCCACAGGAAUAGAAAAUGACGCCUCAUUGACUAGUGAAGAUAAAGAAAGAUGUGAACAAUUAAUCAAAGAAUAUCUGAAAACUCCACAAACAAAUAGUGAACAUGUCAUUGUGCCGACACCUAUUCUUUCUAAUGUUCAUAUGAUAAACUUGGCUUUUUCACUGAUCCACGAAUUCUACUGGAAGGAUAUUCAAAAACUCAAAGCAGCUGAAAAGUCCACUAAACAUGUGGUUGUACCGCCUAUACCGAAUACUACAAAGGAGGCAAAUCAACUGCGUGAAAUUUUAUCUCAAAGGGAUCACGAAAUUCGUGUUUUAGUUAAUUUAUUAAGACAAGAAAAACAGAAGAAAAACCCAGAGGUUUACUCUGCAAAUGCAUACGGUGAUUCGACUAACGGCAAUCAGCCUAAUAAUAACAAUAAUAAUAAAAAUGAUAAUGGUAAUAAAAGCAUCGAUCCAGUCAGUGAAACUUGGACAGCACAAAUCCAGAAAGGUACGAAAGAUGGAAAUAUCAGUGAGGAUAGAAAUAACAUAAGCACACAGAAGAGAUUAUUCGAGGAAUCAAAACGCGCGGUUGAUCAUGUUACGCAAUGGUUAGAACAACAGGCCAAAGGAAAAUUACUUGGUCAUUUAUCCAUGGGUCGUGAAGAAGCCUUCGAAAUGUUUAAACAAGAUUAUCCCCUUCAGGGUCAAAUAAACAAACAGAAAGAAGAAUUGAAAUCACUUUAUGCUGAAGCGAAACUUCAGGGUGUAAAGAUGUCGAAAGCUAAAGAAGAGGCUGGCAACAUUCGAGUUCAAAUCAAUACAAUCAUACAGAAUAAUAACAAUGAUUGCAGAACACAAGAUAUACUGACUGAAUUACGUAAUCAAUUAGAGGUAAGAAGAACUGGAUAUCGAGAUUCCUACAAUGCACUGAAAGAACUUAAACCACGCGUUGAACAUCUGCAACAUUCCUUAGAGUUGGCUAAAAUGCGUUUAGUUCAAGAUUUUGAAUCAUGGUGGAAUAAAAUAAGCUGUGAAGUUGAAGAAGAUACUACCUCCAGCUGCCUUCAUAAUGGAUCUGUAACCUCAUAUCGAUCAGGCAAUAUAGAAAGUCAAAAAAUGAAUUUGAAGAUGGCUACAGAUCAAAAUGUUUCGGAAUCCAUCAACUAUUGUAACGUGGGAUUAAAAUCAGAAUCAUCUUGUGAAGUCUCCAAAACGAAUAAAGAAGUUAACAAUACACUGGAACAUCGUACAAUCGCCAAUCAAUCGAUUCCACUGACUGGUGAUCCUGUAGUUGAUGCAGACAUUCUAACCUUUAUAAGAGCUAGAGAGAAAAUUCGAUCACGACGUUUGUUGGCAGCAGAACAACAACAGAGGAAAAAUCAGUGUACAGAAUAAAUUAUAUAGACUUUUGAAAAUCAAUUUUCUGCUGAUAGCGAAUUAACAGG